GCCAAUCAGACGUCACUACCGGAGUUUACAGGUUGCAGCGAUAUGUUCCUGACCUCCCAUCCGCGGAAACAGCAAGGCAUUUCUACUCCGAGGGGUUUUUUGUGUUAUAAGUAAUGGGGAAGCUUAACUUUUAUGCCCUUUGGUCCCUGCGUGACGCUCCCCGCCAGUUCAUUAGCAAAUCCAACCGCAGGUGUUUUCAAGUGCACAUUCCGCUGCCUCUACCUAAGCAGCUGGUCAUCUUUGGUCUGGGAGAGUGGACAUGCAGUGAGACAACAAUCACAGCAGAGGUUCUGGUGAGUGCAGAGGUGCAGGCCCAGAAAAUCGGAACUCUGACAUCUCAAACAAGGUGCCUGACCUGGGAGGGAGAGUGGAGCACUGACAUUGGUACAGUGGCAGCAGAGAGAGGCAGGAGAGGAGUUUAUGGCAAGAUUGUGCUCACAGUGUGUGGAGAGAUAACUCCCAACUCCUCACACUUUGGGGACAGCGUUUGCUAUGCUGAGAUCCAAGUUAAUAAAAUUGACACCAGCGAUUCCGUUUGGGGAGCUAAACCAUCAGUUUGGCCUACGGAUAAAACACCCAGACGGACAGUUAUUAGUAGGAGGGGUCACCUGACGUGGAGCUCUGAAGAUUUGGACAGUCUCACUGAAGACAUAGAUCAAGCUUCAACCCCGAAGAGGAUGAGGCUGUCGAGGAUGAACAGCCAAGAAGAAAUGAUGGUGCAGAUAAAGAAUGAGAGCAGAGAAGUGUGUCCAUCAAAGCGCUGGAGUCAUUCGAUGUGUCUCAGUGACCCUCAAACUGCCAUUCUCAUCGGAGGAGAAACUACCGAUCAGAACUACUGCAAAGACUCCCUGUGGAAGCUUGAGUUAGACAAUGAUUUCUGGUAUCCCAUGAACUCCUCUGUGUCUGGACCUGUACCACCAUGUGCCCGAGGACACUCUGCAACCUAUGACCCAGACUCUAAGGCAGUCUUUGUUUAUGGUGGCCUGAGGGAGGGUCACUGCUACAGCAAUCUGUACAUCCUUAAUACUCUGACCUGGAAGUGGAGACUUGUCACUGCAAAAGGGAAUGUUCCCACUCUGGCAUACCACUCAGCAGUCUUUUAUAAGAAAGAGCUUUUUGUCUUUGGAGGAGUUCAGCCAAGCCACUCUUCUGGGGAUAAAUCCUGCAGUAAUGCUUUAUACAUCUUCAACCCAGAGUUUGAACUGUGGUACCAGCCCAUUGUGGAGGGGGACAAACCUCUGCCUCGGUUUGGACACUCGGCCACACUUCUCUCACAGAAACUGAUAAUAUUUGGUGGCAGGAAGACUGCGACCUACCUCAACGAUCUCCACGUUCUGGAUUUGGGAUUCAUGGAGUACACAGCUGUGAAGUGUGGGAACAUGCUACCACUGCCUCGAGGGUUUCAUGCAGCCCUGCCAGUUUCAGACAACAGGAUUUUAGUCAGUGGAGGCUGCAGUGCAAUCGGAGCCCUGCAGGACGUACAUAUCUUCAACACUGACACCAAUAUAUGGAAUUCAGUGGCGUCUCCUCUGCUUUGCUCUAAGCCUCGUGCUGGACACAGCAUGAUCAAUUUGGGCUGCUCCAUCUUAACAGACACUCAGAAGCAUGAACAGGGUGAACGUCAGCACUGCACAUUGCUGGUGUUUGGUGGGUCAGACUGCUCUGGUACCUUCUACAGUGACGCAGUCAAGUGCAAAGUGGAGAUUCCUGCUGAUAAAUGAUGGAUUAGUCUGGAAAGAAACUCAAACAGGACAAUUAUUUAUUUCAUCUUUUUAGAAACAGUGGAUGAUACUGUGAACUGACUGGAUAAUGUGACAGGUGUAUUUGUCUGUAUUGAUUUUUCUUUUUGACUGUUUUUUUGCAUAUACAGUACCAGUCAAAAGUUUGGACACACAUUGUUUUGAAUGGGAAGGUGUGUCCAACCUUUUGACGGGUACUGUAUACUAUUUGUGUAAUAUAUUCUGUUGCCUAUUCUUCUACUGUAGCUUAUUUUUCUCUAGAAAGUCUCUUUACUAACCACCCAUACUACAACAGGAAAUAUACUGGAAGUGGUGAGCUGAGAGUUUUUUUGCACUUUGCAUAACAAAUCUGUGAUCUGCAUGUUGUACACAACACUCAUGACCUUUGAUCUAUUUGCUGGAU